GCUAGCGCAUCACAAGCUGUAGGUCCAAGCUACGCUAGCUGAGUUUAUCUUCCAGCUGUCCAGUUAUUAUCGUCGAUGUCUUUGUUCCGUACCCCUCACCGGAGACAUGGACACCAAAAUGUUUCAGCUGAGGUCGUUUGUUCACCAACGGCUGUACACAGCGGCAGAGGAGAUCCUCGGAGAGGUGGAGAAAACUAUAACGUUAGCUUUGUACGAAGCCGAAGUUAGUCGACCUAAAGAGGAGGCUGGACGUCUGCGACGCCUGCUAGACCUCCAGCGAAAGAAAGCAGCUGCAGAGCCUUCACUGACCAGCAGCACAGUGGACCAUGGAGAUGAGUGUGAGAACCCAGGACCCUCAACCCCAGAAGAGUCUAACUUAAGGCUGAGCCCUGAAUCCCCGGGACCCUCUCAAACCAGCACAGAUCUGGACAAUAAUAACUGGAACUACUGCUUGGUUCAGACAGACUUUAAGAUGUCGGAGAUUAAAGAAGAGCAGGAGGAACUUGGGGAUGACAGUCAAACACAGGAUAUGGUUUUUGUGAAAAGCGAGCAAGAUGAGCCGGAGACACAAGUAUCAUAUGAAAUGCUGCCCCUUUCUUCAGACUGCUCUGCAGUACAAAGUGGGAACAAUGACAGUGAUGAGGAGGUGGCGAAGAGCACAGGAGAACAGACCAAAAUAAUGAAAAGGAAAGGAAGGAUAUUGCAAGGACAAAGUGUCAGUGUUAAUGAGAAGGACCCAGCAGCGUUGCCUCAUGACAAAAGUUCUGCUAAAGGCGAAAAGGAACGCAGUUUUUGCCAUUUUUGUGGCAAGGGAUUCCAGUAUAUUGGCUCUUUGAUGAAGCAUAUUAAAUCACAUGAGAACAAUUUUGAUUGCACUGUUUGUGGGAAAACAUGCCAGUCGACACAGGAGCUGAUAACUCAUGUGAAAGGCUGUCACAACAAAACAUAUUUUUGUGACGCUUGUGGGAAGACUUUUGCCAAUGUCCGUUGUCUCCGGCUGCAUGAAAGAAUACACACAGGAAUAAAAGAGUUUGUGUGCCAAGAAUGUGGCAAGACAUUUUACCGAAGAGAGCACCUGAUUGUGCACGUGAGGACUCACUCUGGGGAAAAACCGUAUCACUGUGAUAUUUGUGGGAAAGCAUUCAGUCAGAGCCAGAACCUUACCAUUCACAAAAGAAGUCAUUCAGGGGAGAAACCAUAUCAAUGUGGCCUGUGUGGCAAACUUUUUAACACUAGCAGUCAUCUCAAAACGCACAUGAGAUACCACUCAGGAGAAAAACCGUACCCGUGUGAUAUUUGCGGUAAAUGUUUUCGCCAAAGUGGACAGAUGACCAGACACAGGACCACGCAUACAGGAGAGAGGCCAUAUGGCUGCCAUGUUUGUGGUAUGAGAUACAGGUUUGCACCAAAUCUUAAGGUGCACCUGCAAACUCAUGAAAAAGAAGCUGCUGAGUGACAGUCACAUUAACUAGGCAGACCAACUCAGAGCUCAGAUCAUAUUUACUGGUAAGUUAGAUUUAUCUAAAAAAAUAAUUGGAAGAAGUCCUAUACUUGUUAACAGAAAAUAUGCUCGUAAAUCCCUUUAGGUUUCUGUUGAUAUGAUUUAGACUGCUAAAAUAUGUUUGCACUUAUCAAGAUGGUUAACUGAUCCCAUCAGGUAAAACCAGUUUCACCUUGACCAUCAUUUUUUAUGUUGUUCUGUGUAAUGUCUUCUUAUGGUGAAACCAAAUUUCCACAUGGAGGACAAUAAAGUUUAAUAUCCUGAA